GACCCCCACGCCCCCACCCACGGGGAGCCCGGCCCUGCCCUUCCCGGCUCCGCGCCCUUCGCCUCCUGACCCUCCCGACGCGGUCCCUCGCCCGGGACAAGGCCUCCAGCCUCCCAGCGCCCCUUCCCCGAAGGGCUCUCCAUCCCUCCGCGGUCCUGGCUCGCUCCCGCCCUCCCUGGCGCAGCCGUCCCCGUCCCCACGGCUGCCUCCAUCCCGCCUCGGCUCGGCGGGCGGCUCCGCGCAGUCUCCUGCUUCGGGUCCCCGUCCGCUCUCGGCGCUCCCUGCCUCGGAGUCCCUUCGCCGACCUCCUUUUCCUCGUCUCCCCCCACUCUCGCCGCUCUCCAGCCCUGUGCGGGGAGUGCGGGCCUGCGGGAUGGGUGGGAUGGGGGCCACGCUGGGGCUGGGGCCCGGCUCCCGCACCCCAAGGCUCCUGCCCCACCCCCAGCUCGUCUCCUGCGCACAACAGUAAAGGCUGAAAAUCUGGGUCACAGCUGAGGAAGACCUCAGACAUGGAGUCCAGGAUGUGGCCUGCGCUGCUGCUGUCCCACCUCCUCCCUCUCUGGCCACUGCUGUUGCUGCCCCUCCCACCGCCUGCUCAGGGCUCUUCAUCCUCCCCUCGAACCCCACCAGCCCCAGCCCGCCCCCCGUGUGCCCGGGGAGGCCCCUCGGCCCCACGUCAUGUGUGCGUGUGGGAGCGAGCACCUCCACCAAGCCGAUCUCCUCGGGUCCCAAGAUCACGUCGGCAAGUCCUGCCUGGCACUGCACCCCCAGCCACCCCAUCAGGCUUUGAGGAGGGGCCACCCUCAUCCCAGUACCCCUGGGCUAUCGUGUGGGGUCCCACCGUGUCUCGAGAGGAUGGAGGGGACCCCAACUCUGCCAAUCCCGGAUUUCUGGACUAUGGUUUUGCAGCCCCUCAUGGGCUCGCAACCCCACACCCCAACUCAGACUCCAUGCGAGGCGAUGGAGAUGGGCUUAUCCUUGGAGAGGCACCUGCCACCCUGCGGCCAUUCCUGUUCGGGGGCCGUGGGGAAGGUGUGGACCCCCAGCUCUAUGUCACAAUUACCAUCUCCAUCAUCAUUGUUCUCGUGGCCACUGGCAUCAUCUUCAAGUUCUGCUGGGACCGCAGCCAGAAGCGGCGCAGACCCUCAGGGCAGCAAGGUGCCCUGAGGCAGGAGGAGAGCCAGCAGCCACUAACAGACCUGUCCCCGGCCGGAGUCACUGUGCUGGGGGCCUUCGGGGACUCGCCUACCCCCACCCCUGACCAUGAGGAGCCCCGAGGGGGACCCCGGCCCGGGAUGCCCCACCCCAAGGGGGCUCCAGCCUUCCAGUUGAACCGGAUUCCCCUGGUGAAUCUGUGAUGCCCCCCAAUGUUGGGGUGCAGCCAAGCAGGAGGCCAAGGGGCCGGCACAGCCCCCAUCCCACUGAGGGUGGGGCAGCUGUGGGGAGCUGGGGCCACAGGGGCUCCUGGCUCCUGCCCUUGCACACCACCCCGGAACACUCCCCAGCCCCACGGGCAAUCCUAUCUGCUCGCCCUCCUGCAGGUGGGGGCCUCACAUAUCUGUGACUUCGGGUCCCUGUCCCCACCCUUGUGCACUCACAUGAAAGCCUUGCACACUCACCUCCACCUUCACAGGCCAUUUGCACACACUCCUGCACCCUCUCCCCGUCCACACCGCUCCGCUCAGCUGACUCAUGUUCUCUCUCGUCUCACAUUUGCACUCUCGCCUUCCCACAUUCCGUGCUCAGCUCACUCAGUGGUCAGUGUUUGCUGCACACUUUACCUCUCAUGUGCGUUUCCCGGCCUGAUGUUGUGGUGUCGUGCGGCGUGCUCACUCUCUCCCUCAUGAACACCCACUCACCUCGUUUCUGCAGCCCCUGCAUGCUGCUCCAGAGGUGGGUGGGAGGUGAGCUGGGGGCUCCUUGUGCCCUCAUCUGUCAUGGUCUCGUCCCAUUCCACACCAUUUGUUUCUCUGUCUCCCCAUCCCACUCCAAGGGUGCCGGCAUCACCCUGAGGGCUCCCCCUUGGGAAUGGGGGUAGUGAGGCCCCAGACUUCACCCCCAGCCCACUGCUAAAAUCUGUUUUCUGACAGAUGGGUUUUGGGGAGUCGCCUGCUGCACUACAUGAGAAAGGGACUCCCAUUUGCCCUUCCCUUUCUCCUACAGUCCCUUUUGUCUCGUCUGUCCUGGCUGUCUGUGUGUGUGCCAUUCUCUGGACUUCAGAGCCCCCUGAGCCAGUCCUCCCUUCCCAGCCUCCCUAACUCCACCUAGGCUGCCAGGGACCAGAGUCAGCUGGUUCAAGGCCACCAGCAGCUCUGCCUCCAAAUCUACCCUUCCCUUCCCAGACUCCCUCCUGUCCCCUCCUUUCCUCCCUCCUUCCUUCUACUCUCCUUCCUUUUGCUUCCCUGCCCUUUCCCCUCGUCAGGUUCUUCCCUCCUUCACACUGGUUUUUCCACCUUCCUCCUUCCCUUCUUCCCUGGCUCCUAUGCUGUGAUAUAUAUUUUUGUAUUAUCUCUUUCUUCUUCUUGUGGUGAUCAUCUUGAAUUACUGUGGGAUGUAAGUUUCAAAAUUUUCAAAUAAAGCCUUUGCAAGAUA